GCCUUGUUAUAGGUAUCUCACUUCUUCCUCGUUGCUCCGAUUUCACUUAUAGACGGCAUCUCUCCCUCGUCCUCGUCCUCGUCCUCGUCCUCGUCUGUCUCCCCGUCACUACAUACUGGAAAAGCACACCCGACACUCGCUCUCCAACUCUGUCUGAAUCAUUCCGCCUGGCGUUGUAUUGUGUGCAUCUCCUUUCGCUGAACUUUCCCGUCCACUGGCAUACGUCCCUCGAUGCAUCCCCUUGUACUGGUCAUAUCAUGCAUCAUCACAUCGUCCGCUGCUGAAUAUGGCUAUCCUCCGCCGGUAACUGGCACCAAACAAAUCAGUACUCCCGGAGACCCGGAUGUCAUCAUCACGUACAAAGAGCCGGGCAACGAGAUCUGUCGGACGUGGUAUCCGGACCAGAAGCAGUUUGCCGGGCAUGUCCAUCUUCCGCCGAGCACGUUGACGGCCAUCAGACAGGACUACCCCAUCAACACCUUCUUCUGGUUCAUUGAGGCUCGGGAAAAUCCGAAGGAUGCGCCAUUGACCAUCUGGCUCAAUGGAGGACCUGGGAGCUCGUCGAUGCUUGGGCUGAUGCAGGAGGUCGGGCCCUGUAAAGUGGUUCCGGCGAGCAAAGAAUCACUCACCACGAUCCCACGAGAGUUCAGCUGGGAUGGUGCGAGUAAUAUGCUCUUCAUUGAUCAGCCGAACCAAGUUGGACUUUCUUACGAUACACCAACAAACGGCUCCCGAGCUUUGUUGGAUCCGAAUGCAGAUCAUAUGCCUGGAAAAGUUGCGCCUCCCCAAGACGACCAACCAAAGGCAUCCGAAGUCACCCCUGCGAACGACACCAAUGCAGCCUUUCUCGAGGCACUGCGCACCGUGGCAUUGAUCAAUGGAACAUUCUCCUCGGACAACGCAGAUUUCACCGUGAACACGACCCAGAUCGCGGCUGUGGCUACCUGGCACUUCCUUCAAGCGUGGUUGACCAACUUCCCGCAGUACGCUGGCUCAUCGAGCGUCAAUCUCUUCGCUGAGAGCUACGGUGGAAAGUAUGGCCCCACAUUCUUUGAAUACUUCGACAAGCAGAAUAAGCGCCGAGAAACGGGCGAGCUUCCUAAGAACGAGACGGUGGAGAUCAAACUGGAGGCACUGGGCAUCCUCAAUGGAUGCAUUGACGUCUUGACGAUGACUCCUGCGUACAUGGAGUAUAGCAACAACAACCCCUAUGGCAUCGAAGGUAUUCCUGAAGAGAAUCGGACGAUGGGCCUUGAUAUGUUCGAACGGCCAGGCGGAUGCAAAGAGCAAACCCUACAGUGCAGACAACUGGCCAGAGAGCUCGACAGUGACAACACGGGCGACAAUGAGAGGGUAAACGAAAUAUGUGCCCGCGCAAACGAAUUAUGUGAUUCUAUCAAGGGACUCUUUUCGUUGUCUGGAAGGAGUUAUUACGAUAUCGCUCACGACACGGCAGAUCCUUUCCCAGGAGAAUAUCAUCAUGAAUAUCUGAACAACGUUACUGUACAAGAGGCCAUUGGUGCUCGUGUGAAUUACACGCAAAAUAGCAACGCCGUGUUCCGCAAUUUCAAAAACACUGGUGAUUUCGUUCGUGGAGGGCAAUUGGAAUCAAUCGCCUACCUGUUGGAGCAGGGUGUACGUGUAGCUCUAAUCUACGGCGAUCGAGAUUACAUCUGUAACUGGCUGGGAGGCGAGGCGGACAGCUUGGCCGUCAAUUACACCAACUCAGACGAUUUCCUGAGUGCAGGGUAUCAGGAUAUCGAAGUCAAUGGAUCUUAUAUCGGUGGUCAAGUUCGGCAGCACGCCGGAUUCUCGUUCUCGCGGAUAUAUCAAGCCGGACAUCUCAUUCCUGCCUACCAACCCGAGACGGCAUACAGAAUCUUUGAGCGCGUCAUUAAGGGCCUUUCGAUCGCCACCGGAGAGAAAAUCACAGACGAUUACUCGACGACCGGAACCGUAAACAGCACCAAGAGUCUGGUAGCUGCGCCACCCCCAGCACCAACCUGUUUCUACCGUGAUAUCGCAACUUGCGAUGCCGACGGCUGGCUCCACAUUGCAGAUACUACAGGCGUGGUUUACAACGGCGUAGUAUACAACAGCACCGAUGACUAUCCGAUUCUGGAGCCGCUGCCUCCUUAUCCUCCGACACCUACCGGUAACAGAUCGUACAUUUCGGAACGGAAUGAGACACCAAAAGCUCUGCCUACUGGUGGUAACCUGCAGUCGAUGGGACCCAGUGUCCGUGCUCCAAGUGCUGCGGCGCUUUUGGUAGCUAUUGGGUUUUGUAUCGGAUUGCUUUGAGAGAGCUUUCUAGUAUCCUAGGCUGUCUAAAGGAUAUGAUGUG